AUGGAAUCCUAUGCUGAUACUUCUGUCCAGGUCACCUGGGGCAAAAACACCAGUUCGGAGCCCUCUGACGCUAUUCACACCGUUGACCAAAACGGCGGAGACAUCAACGCGGGACAAGGUGGAGACUACGUCUGGCUGUCUCCAAAGUGGCAAUCCAAUGAAUCUAACGCAGUCUCCAACGUCCGCAUAAUCAUCCAGGCAAACGCGGAUUCCAGCUACAAGGACCUUGCUCAUGGUGCGGGCGGUGACUACCGAUACCUGAGACUUGAACGCGACGGUGACAAGAAGAUCACUGAAAUCCGCCUCCUUCGCCGCAAGGACAGUGUUGACUUUGGAACUGUCCAGUCGCUCGGCUUCGACGCGUAUUCCACUGAUAUCAACAAGGGUCGGGGUGGAGACUUCCUUUACCUUGUCUGGAAGCUCAGCUAA